GCACGGCGUGCUCUUUGCGAAGCUGGACUGAUCCAAGGACAGAAAAGACUCAGUGACUGGCCAUUCAAAUCUCUUGAGAAUCCUAUGACAUCUUCACCUUAUGCUGAUUAUUAUGAACUGGGUUAUAAUCUGAGAUCCAACAUUUUCCAAGGCGGACCAUUAGAAACUAAAAGCUUGAUGAAGGAUUCUUAUACUCCUGAUGUAAUCAAGAGGGCAGUACGGGAUCCCAAACGUUGGCAUGGAAGGAAGACUGAUGAUCUAGGGAGAUGGUUCCAGAAAAAUGCCCUCAAUCUUAACCUGCAGAAAGCUUUGGAGCAAAAAUUUGGGGAAAAGAACAAAGGCAGCAGAUCCUAAAAAGGCAUAAAAGAGGCAUAUGAG